AUCCAAGAUGGCGUCUUUGUAAUUUUUCGUGCGUCGUUUUUGCAGGGUUUUGUGAAAUUCCACGCGCUUCUUUAACCGAACACAAUUCUCAACACAACUUUUGGUAGCCAGCAGAUAGCCAUCCUUUCCACGCACUUCAAAGAUCUCCACAGACGUCAGAAAAACACGCAAUCAGCAGGAUGGUGGACAAAAUUGAAAUGAGCCUCGACGACAUCAUCAAGUCCACUCGCUCGCAAAAAAAGCCGCAAGCCGCUCGAGGAGGUCCCGGUGGCGCCCGGAGGCCGGGCGGCCAGCAGCGUUUUGCCGGCGGAGCGCGUCGCGGUGGCGCCAAUGCCAGCGGAUCGCCCAGGAAGCCAGGGAGCGCGCUCAAGGGCCCCCGAGGAGGAGUGGCCGGUGGAGCCGUUCAGAAGGCAAAAUUUCCACGGGGCGAUGUGAACAGCGCUUGGAAGCACGAUAUGUACGACGGACCGAAGAGGGGAGCCGUCGGCGGCGGAACCGGGCCCACCCGCCUCAUCGUCGGCAAUCUGGACUACGGCGUCUCCAACACGGACAUCAAGGAGCUCUUCAACGACUUCGGGCCGAUGAAGAAGGCGGCAGUGCACUAUGAUCGUUCAGGUCGCUCGUUGGGCACCGCUGAUGUGAUAUUCGAGCGUCGCGCCGAUGCUAUGAAGGCCAUUAAGCAGUACCAUGGCGUGCCUUUGGAUGGACGCCCUAUGACCAUUCAGCUGGCCGUCUCCGACGUUGCCGCUUUGACCCGUCCCGUAGCCUCCACCGAUGUCAAGCGUCGUGUGGGUAGUGGCGCAUCUGCUCCAUUCAAGCGUGGUGGUGGCCAAGCUGGUGGCACUCCGCGUCGUGGUAGCUUCAAACGUCCGGCCGGAGGCAAACCGGCGGCAGCCGGCCCCCGACGGGAGCGCAAGGCCCCACCCACUGCCGAGGAGCUGGACGCCGAACUGGACUCCUACAUCAACGACAUGAAGAUCUAAAUAGCCAAUAGUCUGAAUUAGCCUAACAAAGAAAACAAGAAAAACACAAUCCCUAGUCUUAAGUCUACCAUAUGGACAUUCUCCGCAUGGUUAAUAAACGCAUCCGGAUCGACAACGCCGCGCCAAGGAACAGCACUUCAAACAUCAAGAAUUAUGUAUAUCCCAUUUGCGCAUGUAUCCAUUUAAUUGUUAAUUAUAUCAAUCUGGCGGCUGUUGGGAUAAGUCGAGUAACUGAAAUACAUUUGAUGCUGUAUUUAAUAUAAAUAGUAAUACGCUUUAAAGAUCGACGAUGAAUUAAUGGACACUUGUAAUUCUAAACUGAAGUGUAAUAAAUACUAGAAUUAAUUUCGUGACCAAAA